AUGGCUGAAUCGCUUGCGGCCCUCGGCGUCGCGUCCAACAUCGUCCAGUUCGUCGAGCUCGGCUUCAACAUCACAAAGGCCGUGAUCGAGACAUACCGAAGUACCGAUAUCAAUGGCUUGGCGGAGCGCAAUGUUGACCUGGUCGCCAUGACUUUUAGCCUCAAAGAUCGGUGCACUCUCCUCCAGGAUGACGCUGCGGCGAAAGCCGACCCGAUCACCAUGGGCCUCCUGAAGCGAUGCAUCAAAGUCGCAAAUGAGCUACUUUCCGAGCUGGAAGGGCUCAAGAUGAGCGCUGCCGACCGUCAUCGGAGCUUGGCAAAGUUCAUAGUGUCUGUGAAGGCAUAUUGGAAAAAGAGCAAGAUUGAAGAUCUUGCGGCUAGAAUCACGGACAUCAGGAAGGAGAUGUUUCGGAGAUUGGAGCCUUUGCUUCAUGAUCACCGCAAAUCGCUUUCAGAGGCCAUGCGCUCACUAGGCGAGGCAUCAACCGCUUCGAAUAACGCUACCGAGAAAAGGCUAGACUCUAUUGCCCGAGACCUUGAAAGGCUCCUCGACAGCAAUUCGCAGGGCACGUCGUCAGAGGAUUUUGGGGUGUUUGCAAACCAGCUCUCCAAGUUUGCGGACGAGGCAAAGCAUCGCGGCAAUAUAAGGACAAUCCUUAAAAGUCUUCACUUUGCGCAGAUUAAAGAGAGGCAAAACGAGAUUCCUCAGGCUCAUCGCAACACGUUUCAGUGGAUAUUCGACGAAUCAUCGUCUGCUGGCUUUAAGUCAUGGUUCCAAUGUCCCAGCGAAGGCGUUUUCUGGGUAACGGGGAAACCCGGAUCUGGAAAAUCCACCCUGAUGAAAUUUAUUCUAGGUCAUCAGACAACCAAAGAUCUAGCCAAGGCGUGGGCCGGUUCAAAGCCCCUUAUCCUCACCAGUCACUUUUUUUGGAGUGUUGGUAACAAGAUUCAAAAGUCACAGGAGGGUCUUCUCCGGACCCUCUUGUUCCAGAUCAUGGUUCAAUGCCCAGAGCUCAUCCCGGAAGUUUGCAGAGAGAGGUACUCAGAUCCCUUCAGAUCCCUCGAGUCCUGGAGUCUCGAAGAGCUCUCUCAAAUUUUCGAGAGAAUCCAACACGUCCGGAGCUUACCAAAUCGAAUCUUGCUUCUAGUUGACGGCCUUGAUGAGUACAACGGCGAGCCGAGGGAGCUCACGAAAUUCUUAGGCGCUAUCGCGAAGUCCCCGGACAUCAAAGUGUGUUGCGCAAGUAGGCCUUGGCCUGAUUUUCUCGAAGCCUUCGGUAGGAGCCGCUGGACUUUGGAGAUACACAAUUUGACCCAAAACGACAUUGUCCGUUAUGUAGAAGAUAACUUGUCAAAUGAUGCAACUUUCAGAGCCCUACGACACGCACAAAAAGAUGAGUCGCAAGAUUUAGUCCAGGCGAUCUGUGACAAGGCAGAGGGCGUUUUCUUCUGGGUUUCUCUGGUGAUCAAGUCACUACUUCGAGGGCUACAAAAUCACGACGACUUCGACAUCCUCCACAAGCGUCUGGCUGAGUUCCCUUCGGAUCUUCAGCCGUUUUCCCAACGCAUGCUGGAUUCGAUUGAGGACGUAUACGUCGAUGACGCGUUUUGGGCAUUUACUAUCUUGCUUUCGGCAAAAACGUCCUUGCCAGUGCGUCUCUUUCGGCAUAUGAGUCAAAUGAAAGAGCUGGAGAAGUCAAAGUGGAUAGAAAGCAAGUUCUCGCAGCCUAGGAUCUUUGCCACCAAGGGAACAAAAACAGGAUUCGAGGAGGCACAUCUAUCUUUGGCGGACGUGGGGCCCAGAUGGCUGCAACCCCAGACACAAGUGCUGCUCUCCAAAUGCCGAGAUCUAGUCCAAGCGUGGAGUACUGGACGACAGAAUGAAGAACGGAUAGGCUUUCUCCACAGGACUGUCUUUGAGUUUCUUCUUCAAUCUUCGUCUCUGAGACAAUACCGCCUUAACAUACCCAUUCGUCAAGACUGCUUAUUUCCAAUGGCAUGUUUAAGGGACAUGGACGCAUACAAGGAUUCAGCCGAGAAGGGCGAUUCCUUUCUGAGGAUUUGCCACUUCUUUCAAGAGCUCGAAAACGACAACCUGCCAUUUCAACCUCACCUUUGGAAUGAUAUGUUUGACUUGCACCGCAUGCCGCCUCUGUUCUAUGGUCCGUAUACAUCUCAGCUGGUGGGGCAAACCGUAGCGCGCUUCAUGUUGAAACUAAAUGCCUCCCAAGAGGGUACUUUAACGAGGUCGCAUUUCAGAAACAUUUGGACAGGGAUCCUAGCGCGCUCUGUGUAUGUCGAUGUCGCCGAAUAUGCCAAGGUCACACAACUCGAUCGUAUUGACAUAGAAUUGCUGGCCAACAUCCUCGAUUUGUACGAGGAAACCCUUGUCAACUCAAGAGACGAGUUUGAGCAUGUUUGGACGAAGUUUGUACACAGUAUCUCGAAAUGGGAGUAUUCUGCGCCGUUUGCCGCCCGGAGGCGCACCUUGAAUCUUGAGCCCGAGCGGUCACCUCCGAAAAACGCGAUCCACGCUUGCAAGAUGUUCGUUGAGCGCGGAGCUCCUAGAUACUUGAAAUCGGAGCUCGCGAACAAGUACCGUGUUGAAGUACGACCAGACGACUUUUCGGAGGAAAGGGAUUUUGAUGUGAUAUACAGAUUGCGGGCUUGUCGGAGAUUCGAAGAGGCCGAAGUAGAUGAGCUGAUGAAUCUUUUUCCUUCGGAACGUUUGCCGCAAAAAGCAUUCACGGGUCUAGGUCAGUUUUGGGGCUGGCUGACGAUGAAGCCGGCGAACAAGGCAUGA